UGGUAUUUAGUACUAAUCUAUCAAGUUUUGUAAUCUGUCCACUGUUAUUAAUUCACGGUUCGUACUUUUCAAUGCAUAUUAAAAAUUCCAUGGGUUUUUUUAAGUAUCAAGGCAUUGUGAAGAUGCACUUCAAGAAAAUCAUACAAAAAUUUUAAUUGUUUUUCACCGUCUGAAAGUUAUAAAAAAUACGAAACAUUAAGUUCGUAAAAAAUACGAAACAUUGCUGCUGCCAGGUAGAUCGGAAAACCCGAAGGAUGGCAGCGUCUACAAGAUUUCGUUGCGAUGCGGAAACUGGGGAAAUAAUUACCUAUCUUGUGAAUGAGGAAACUGGAGAACCGGCUAUGAUUUACAAAGCUGCGCCGACUCAUUCCGUUCGAGAACCGAGAAAACCACGUAAACCUGUCCGUUUCCCACGCGGAUAUAUGAGUAGAACCAAAAAAUUUCAAACCUUGAAAGCUAAAAUUUUGGCUGGAUCAAAUACUAUAAGUCACAGACUGCUUCUUAUAAUACCCACACUCAUGAUAUUCCCCAGCCUUGUAUGUGUAUUACUUCUGUUACUAGAAUUAUUUCUCCAUGUUCACUGUCACAAAAAAAAUAAAAUGCUUAAAAAUCCAAACCUAUACUACCAAAGUCCAUUUCAUGUUGUUACCAGCAUAUUUUGCGGAGUUUGUCGUGAUUGUGAUACAGCAAGUAAAAUAACAGCUUUGCAAGAUAAAAGGCGUUAUCGCUAUGAUUAUUUUAAGGACUCCCUUCAUGCUCUGUAAGUUUCAUAAGCAAUCAAAUUGGUUUCAAAUGUAAUUUGUUAGAAUAACAUAUUGCAUCUAUAUUGAUAUGUAUAUAUUUGUUUCAUAGUACAAUUUACAAGUUUGCCAUGGUAUAUUAUGUUAAUUGAGGAUUUUUAAGAACAGAAUAUUUAAGUUCCAUUGGCUUAUGCUUUACUGCAUUAUGCUUAUUAUGAGUAACUAUAAAAAAAUAUUUGAAAUAUUCAAAUCAAGUUAUUUAAGUUGUUUCAACAAAGAUAAAAUAUUUAACAAGACUAAUAAAUUAGUAUUAUUUUGCAAUUUUGUAAGUAAGGGAAACACUGCAUUGCAAUAUUUUUCCAUUGAAAUAUUUAAAAGAAAAUUGGAUUCUUGAUAAUAAAUAAUGGCCUUCUUAAGUAAAUAUCUGAAACAUAAUCUAUAUAAGAAUUAUUUUAUAGGGAAAUAUUGUAUAUACAUAUUCAUACUAUGAUUUACUUGGUGUUGGUUGUGUUGAUAGGUGCAGGAAUAUUUUAUUUUUGAUUCUUUUUAAUAAUUACACUUUUAUUAAAAGUUUAUGUGAAA